AUGGACAACGAUUCCGAUGAUGACAAUCUCUGGGGAGACGAGCCCGACUGGUUCGGAGACAACGACGACGACAAGAACAGCAAUAAGCAACACGGUGAGGCGUCGACGGUCCUCCCCGACGUGCCCGUCGCACAGCAUUUGCUGAUUUUACUCGAUUGCGGUCCCGAUAUGCUGCGGGCUUCGCUUCCGGAUCCCGAAUUUCCCGACGACCUUAUCGCUCCCUUGGAUGUCGUCCUGCACGCCUGUGAGGCGCUCGUAAGGGCCCAAGUCCGCGCCAGCGUCUUUGCCGCAACCGGACAACGUGAUGCGCUCGGGCUUUACUGCUACAAUACCCGCCCCCGAUUACCCGUUCCAACAACAACAGCAACAACAAAAACAACAACAACAUCGUUUCCUAGAGAAGAUUACAAUGAUGAUGAGGAGGAGCACGAGGACGACAAUGAUGACGACUACGAUCGCUUCGUCCACGGACCGUUGCCUAGUACAGCACACGAAAUAGUUCCCCUCGCACCACCGGGGAAAGCCGCCGUACAAACCUUACAAGCCGUCCAGGAUCAUCCCGUGCGCGGCCGUCGAAUUGACCUUCCCCAGUUGUACGGUCACCGGCACGUCACAUCCCCGACCACCACUCCCACUACGCCAACAACGACGGCACCCCAUCCGCUCCAAACAGCCCUGUUUCACGCACUCCAAGUCUUUGGUCGCGCCAAGUGCGUCCGCAAAACUACUCCCACCCGACCAGCCGAUUGGCAACAUGUAUGGAUCUUUACCAACAACGCCCAUCCCGUGUCGAGUGACGGUGACGAUCCCGAUGGCUGUUCCCAGCGACAACUCCUACAGACCGCCCUGCACGACGCCGCCGAAGCCGGGAUAGACGUUACAGUCUGGCCCCUUCCAAACGGACCCGAUCAAGACAACGUGGACUCGUCCGUCUACGAACAAUUGGAAAUGGACGUGGCCCCGUCUACCGCGUGGACGUUGCUGGUUGACAUCCUACCGGAAACACACCGUCAGUGGAAACAAGCGCGACGGGCGGUCGGAGUCCCACUCUUGCUGCCGGACUGGAAGGAACGUCCACCCAACGACCCGAACAUACAACUCAAUCUGUAUCGACUCGUGCAGGAAUCGCGACCACCCAAGCAAUACCACGUACACCAAGAAACCGGACGCGCUCUGGAAAAACUAACGCAAACCGUUACGGUGCGUGGGAGCGAAUUGUUGGAACAAAGCUGGGGCACCGGUCACGCAAAAAACUCUUGGGGCGGCGGCGCCGACCGCAUACAGACCUACGUCGAGUUUGGUGGCGAAAAGAUACCCAUGAGUUACGCCGACCGGGACGCGAUUCGGCGAUCCUGCAACGCCAAUCCAGACUUUGCGUCCCUCAUCCUCCUGGGGUUUCACGACGACCAGUCCAUUCCGCUGGCGCACACCAUGGAACGUUCGUACUUUUGUGUCCCCGACGAGGAGAGCGUUGAAGGGAGUACCGCCGCUUUUGCACACCUUCACGCGAGCAUGUUGCGGAAAAAGGUGGUGGCCGUGGGAGAACUCUUGACCAAGGUAACAGCAGCUGCACGACUAGUAGCCUUGGUUCCGUUGCCCGAGGAAAGGGUUGACAGCCACUUCGAUGAUGAAUUACCAGAAAUUCUCCGACCCGCUGGAAUGCUGGUCGUGAGUUUGCCCUUCGAGGACGAAGUCCGGGAACUGGACGAUGACGAGGCGACCAAUGUGUGGGAGGCAACAGGGACCGAUGUGGCUUCUCCCGACCUGGUUAAGGCCGCCACCAAACUGAUCCAACGACAAAUCAUUGAUAGUAUUCGGAUAGGGGAGAACUUCGAAAACGCGGCUCUGCUCAAAAUGUGGAACUACAUUGAGCAUGUUGCUUUGGAAGAGCCCAUGCCGGAACAACCGGCAUCGGAGACUAUUCUCGAUAAGGAUCUGGUCCUAGAACGGGCACGACACGAAAUUGACGUAUUUUUGGCGAACUUGCCCGAUGAUAGUAUAGUCGAAAAGAUGCCAAGGAAACGCAAGGUUGAACCCGACGAUUCGCGGCUGGACUGGUUUACUAUUUGGAGCCGAGAUCAAUACUUCGAAUGUACGAACAGCGACUUAAAAAAGAAACUGAGAUCUUGCGGGGAGAAGGUUUCCGGUAAGAAACAGGACCUGAUCGACCGUUUAGUCCCUAUUUUAGAAAACGAGUUUGGAAAGAGGGUGAUCAAGUCUGAACCAUUGCUUACCGAAUGAUGAACAAAAGUGCAGAAUAGCCACAGAAGCCACGAAAGGACGGAAGAUAAAAUUUGUUUGGAAUGUACCGUAUGGAAGAGCAAAAGGCCAACACACGAUUG